CUCGUAUUUAACCAGGUCUGGGAGGUGCUACUUGUAGUCACCUCGCACUUUCAAUCCAAGAUACAACUUGAAUCCGUCCUCGAUCCAAUCAAGCCACCCCGUCUAACUUAUCAAACGACUUUUUAAAACUCUUCGAAUCUUCGGAUUUUUCAACUAGAAACAAGAAAAUCAAAAUGCAAGUCAGCUUACUUGCCGCCCUCCUCGUUGCUACCAGCGGUUUAUUUGCCGUGUCCUCUGUAGCUGGACAACGCCACUCCAGCGAUUAUGGAUCUCCAAACUAUGACUCCGAUUCAUAUGACCCACCAGAAUCUUACUCGCCACCAGAGUCUUACUCGCCACCAGAAUCUUACUCCUCACCUCAACAUAAAUCAUACGGUGGCAGGCCUUCGCGCCCCCCAAGUCAACAAUAUCCCCCACCUGCUUACCAUCCUUCACCCAGCUACCCACCUCCUGGGCGUCCCGGACAAGGGCCUCCUUUUGGUGGCAUGGCGCCCGGACUUGGUGGUAUUGCUCCUGGAAUUGGCGGGAUUGCACCCGGACUUGGCGGGAUUGCGCCCGGACUUGGCGGGAUUGCGCCCGGACUUGGCGGGAUUGCGCCCGGACUUGGCGGGAUGGGAAAUGGGUUUGGCGUUGUUCCUGGAUUUGGCGGUGGAUUAGCUGGUCCAUACGGUAUGCUCCCCGGCUUUGGUGCGGGCGUUGGAGCGAACGUUGGAGCCGGUGUGGGCGCGGGCGGACCCGGAGGCUUCGGCGGACCCGGAGUAGGUGUAGGGGCGAAUGCCGGCGUUGGGGCAGGCGUUGGAGGUCCUCUCGGAGCAGGGGUAGGAGCAGGCGCUCAUGCUGGCGUGGGGGCAGGCGCAGGAGUCGGAGGUCCCGUUCGAGUUCCUGUCGGCGUCGGGGCUGGGGCUGGAGUUCAUGCCGGAGCCGGUAUCUAG